GAUGUAGUAGGACCUAAGGCGAGGGGGAGAGGGAGCGGAGAGAGAGUUCGGCUCGCCGCACCGAAAUGUAAACACUGGAAAGCGAGAGGGAGUAUAACGCCUUUAUGCUCCGAACUGCAAGCAGCAGGCUCCUAUAGCUCCGGCCACGCGCCUCUUCCAGGUCUAGCAGUGUCCGGCUUGAUGAACCGAAGCAGACACCUCGGAGGAUCUCCUGCCUGUGGAUAUAAACAGGGGGCAAUCGGGAUGCGCUAGCUUUCUCCGGCGGCGCCGCAGCUCCUUCGUGCUCCGUGCCGCAGCUGGGACGGGGCAAUGGACAUGAACAUGAAGAAGUUCACAGUGCGUCGGUUCUUCUCUGUCUAUCUCCGCAAGAAAUCUCGGUCAAAGAGCUCGAGCCUAAGUAGAUUUGAGGAAGAAGGUAUCGUGAAGGAAAUAGAUAUCAGUCAUCAUGUGAAGGAAGGUUUUGAAAAAGCAGAUCCUUCUCAGUUUGAGCUGCUGAAAGUGUUAGGACAAGGUUCAUAUGGAAAGGUGUUUCUAGUGAGGAAGAUCAAAGGAUCUGAUGCAGGUCAGCUUUAUGCCAUGAAGGUACUUAAGAAGGCAACUCUGAAAGUUCGGGAUCGGGUACGAUCAAAAAUGGAGAGAGAUAUUUUGGCAGAAGUGAAUCAUCCUUUCAUAGUCAAGCUUCAUUAUGCAUUUCAAACAGAGGGAAAGUUGUAUCUAAUACUAGAUUUCCUGCGGGGAGGGGACCUUUUCACAAGACUCUCCAAAGAGGUGAUGUUUACAGAGGAGGAUGUCAAGUUCUACUUAGCUGAGCUGGCCUUGGCAUUAGACCACCUCCAUGGUCUUGGAAUUAUUUACAGGGAUCUAAAACCAGAAAACAUUCUUCUUGAUGAAGAGGGCCACAUUAAGAUAACAGAUUUUGGUCUGAGUAAAGAAGCCAUCGACCAUGACAAGAGAGCGUAUUCAUUCUGUGGGACAAUAGAGUAUAUGGCCCCAGAGGUGGUCAACCGCCGGGGACACACGCAGAGCGCUGACUGGUGGUCUUUCGGCGUACUCAUGUUUGAGAUGCUGACAGGAUCAUUACCCUUCCAGGGAAAAGACAGAAAGGAGACAAUGGCACUCAUUCUCAAAGCCAAGCUGGGAAUGCCGCAGUUCUUGAGUAUAGAAGCCCAGAGCCUGCUGCGAGCCCUCUUCAAAAGGAACCCCUCCAACAGAUUAGGUGCUGGGUUCGAUGGAGUGGAAGAAAUUAAACGUCACCCUUUCUUUGUUACUAUAGACUGGAACAAACUAUACAGGAAAGAAAUCAAGCCGCCUUUCAAGCCCGCAGUGGGACGUCCAGAAGACACCUUUCAUUUUGAUCCAGAGUUCACAUCUCGGACCCCCACAGAUUCCCCAGGUGUUCCUCCAAGUGCCAAUGCUCAUCAUCUUUUCAGAGGGUUCAGCUUCGUUGCCUCUAACUUGGUGCAGGAGCCUGCACAGCAAGAUGUGCACAAAAUCACCGUCCAUCCAAUUGUGCAGCAAUUACAUCCCAGAAACAUUCACUUUACAGAUGGAUACGAGAUCAAGGAGGACAUAGGAAUUGGCUCCUACUCAGUGUGCAAGAGAUGUGUUCAUAAAGCCACAGAAACGGAGUUCGCAGUGAAGAUAAUUGAUAAGAGCAAGAGAGACCCCUCUGAAGAAAUUGAAAUCCUCUUGCGAUAUGGACAGCAUCCAAACAUCAUUACACUUAAAGAUGUCUAUGAUGAUGGGAAAUAUGUGUACCUGGUGAUGGAGCUGAUGCGCGGAGGCGAGCUCCUGGACCGCAUUCUUCGGCAGAAGUGUUUCUCAGAGCGGGAAGCCAGUGCUGUGCUGUGCACCAUCACCAGGACUGUGGACUACCUGCACUCUCAGGGCGUGGUGCACCGAGAUCUCAAGCCAAGUAAUAUCCUCUACAUGGAUGAGUCAGGAAACCCAGACUCCAUCAGGAUCUGUGACUUUGGGUUUGCCAAGCAACUGAGAGCGGAGAACGGGCUGCUCAUGACUCCCUGCUACACGGCCAACUUUGUCGCCCCUGAGGUCCUUAAACGCCAAGGUUACGAUGCAGCCUGUGACAUCUGGAGCUUGGGGAUCCUACUGUAUACCAUGUUGGCAGGGUUCACUCCUUUUGCAAAUGGACCAGAUGACACCCCAGAGGAGAUUCUGGCCAGGAUUGGCAGUGGCAAAUAUGCACUUACAGGAGGAAACUGGGAUUCAGUAUCUGAUACUGCAAAGGACAUUGUGUCAAAGAUGCUUCAUGUAGACCCUCAUCAGCGCCUCACAGCAGUCCAAGUCCUAAGACAUCCAUGGAUAGUGAACAGGGAGUAUCUGUCUCAAAACCAACUCAGCAGACAGGAUGUUCACCUGGUGAAGGGCGCGAUGGCAGCCACUUACUUUGCUUUAAACCGAGCACCUCAGGCACCAAGGCUGGAGCCUGUAUUGUCCUCCAAUCUGGCUCAGCGGAGGGGCAUGAAAAGACUUACCUCUACCAGGUUGUAGCAGUACCCUCAAAAGGCCUUUUUGAAAACCCACAGUUUAUUAUUUGAGAGAUUCAUCUUUACUUGGCUAGCAGAACUUUUUUGGACAACCUGCACAUGAAAUCGCCAGAACUAGCAGAAGCUCAGCAUAAUGCAAAGUUCUCCUUUGCUCCGUCAUUUCUUCUACAUUCCAGCCAGGGUCCCAGGUUUAACAACUUCACAAAGAUGUGCCAAUUUUGCCAGUAGCUCUGUUUCCUUACUGAGAUAAAGCCAAAUAAAGUAGGUGUGUUCCAUCCUUCCCAUCCUAGGAAAUACUAUUUUUGAGUCCUUAAGAUGUUCCAUGGGAACACUGUUUUCAUUUUGUUUCUCAAGAGAAGCACUUUUUGCUAUGAAGAACGCAGUCGGGUUUGAAUGUUUUCAGCUGUUCCAGGAUGCGCCAUGAUGAAGUGGCUCGGCUGGUCACCAGUAGACGUCUACUGAUCUCCACUCACCCCAGGAAGAGUGAAGG